CAUUACUGUAGAAUAAUACAACAAUGCCAUAAUAAUUAAGUAAGAAUUACGCAUGAUUGUUAUUCCGUCUCUUUAAUUUAUCAAUCAGAUUCAUUUUUUAAACGCUAGUCAUUCAAUUAUUUUUUAAAGAGUCUUUACCUUUCAUAUUUGCCAAAUAAACCGAUUGGCUCGUGAAGAAUUUUAUUUCAAAUGCAGCUAAAAUACAGAACAGACUUCCACCUCAAGAUUACACCCGACAUGCCAUCUAGGUUUCGGCGAACCAAUUGGUGAUUCGUUGAAAAAAGAAUGAGAUUUUGACAUAUCAUUGCAUCGGUGCAACACACAUGCAUGCGUCGAUCGAUCGCGAUCGUUGUGGACCGUAUAUUCGGCAGAUCGCGAUGGAACACACCCAUCUCGUACUUAUGCAAUCGUAAACAGACGGAAGCUCUAUCGCUGCUACUUGCAUGGACACGUAAUCGGCACGUAAUCUCGUAUUGUGUAUACAAACAUUGUCUUUGGGUCGUCGAUUUGUGCUCGUUUAUCAAAGACCGACAGUUGUCAGCGACGGUACAGAAUUGCUCGACCGAGUUUGAGGUCUCGUUUUUCGAAAAGAAUUCGGUGCGCUCGGCAACACAGUAAUAAUAAUAAAUCAUUCAAUGGUUAACCACAUAGCUGUGCCGCAGGCCAAAUAUGAAUUAUUAACUGACACACGACAACCGCGCUGGAGAACACAAGUCGUCUGUCUCGCCCUGACAUUCCUGAUCGUCGGCUUUCUAUUCAUUCUGCGCGGUUGGUUCGGCAUACUCAGUAUCCUGAAGGCACCGAAGGUUGAUCGGUUUGCGGAGGCACAGACUGACAAUGCCGCGAGCGCUGCGUGGCUACGUCGGGCUCGGAUGUACGCCGAGUCGGCGAAGGAGAAUCAGAAUGCGGACAGGAACACAAGUGUCAGUGCAACGGAACAAUACCACCGCAAUACCACCGGCCAGGUCAUCGUUUGCUACUACACAAUACCGGGGAACCUGAACACGUCGUGGGAGCUCAGUCCGUCGCACAUUGACCCUCAUCUUUGUACGCAUAUUAUCGUGGGUUUUGCGAGCGUGGUGAACUGCACGCUCGAUAUCGGCGACAACGGGUGGAUAUACGAGCGAGUAGUUGCUUUAAAAAAUCGCGAACCUAGACUGAAGGUCAUGAUCAGCGCCGGCGGAAAUACUGAGCUCCACGAUGGCUUCUCCGAGAUGGUGAAAAAUCAUGCGAAUAGAAAAAGAUUUAUACAAUCAGUAUUAAAUGUAAUUAAAACUUUCCAUUUGGACGGUUUCGACGUCGACUGGGAGUUUCCAGCAUGGUUGGGAGCCGACGAGCGUGAGAAGAUACAUUUCGCGCAACUGUUACAAGAAUUGCGGAAGGAAUUUGAUCAUAGCGGACAGAAUUUAAUUUUAACAGUAGCAGUUGCGGCACCACAGGCCAUUGUGGAUCAAAGUUAUAGUGUUCCUGAAAUGGCAGAACACGUCGACUUUAUAAAUCUGAUGUCGUACGACUAUCACUUUUACGUUUGGUACUUCCCAGUCACGGAUUUGAACGCCCCGCUCUUUCCUCGUAGCACAGAAACGGGUUAUCUGUCCACUUUAAAUGUGAAUUUCUCUGCUCAAUACUGGAUAGCGAAGGGAAUGCCACGGGAGAAGAUCGUCGUUGGCAUACCAGCUUACGGUCACUCUUACAUGCUGGACAACCCGUUGAAUCACAAUCUGCAAGCUCCCGCGAGCGGAAUCGGAAAGCUUGGCGACCAAGGCUUCGUGCGUUAUUCUACGACUUGUCAAUUUAUUAAAUCCGGAGCUGGGAGUGUCUUUAAUAAAGAAAGUCGCGUGCCGUAUGCGUUUAAAGGCAGAGAAUGGAUAUCUUACGACAACGAGGAGAGCGUCUAUUACAAGAGCGAGUGGAUUCGUACGAAUGGUUUCAAAGGAGCGAUGAUUCUCUCUUUAAACGUGGACGAUUGGAACGGCACUUGUUACGGUGCAAACGAAACAUUCCCUCUGACGCGUAUCGUCACGAAAGUAUUAUUUAAGGAUUCGGACAAGUAACACGUUUAGAACCGUAAUCCUUUAAACACGAAGCAAUGCCAUCCAUCCAUUUUUAUUCCGAGAGCGUUUUUGCAAUGAAAUAACGCAUUCCGCCGCAUUCCUGAAUAUGUGCUCUACCUCAGUUAUUCAAAGAUUUUUUCUACAAAUAAGUUGCUAAGAUAUUCGAAGCACAGUAUAAUAUGCUACAUAUUUAGUAUAGCACUUGUACCUGGUUGAGUGAAAUCAAAGAUAUUUAUACAUGCGCGUUGUAUUAUAUAUUGUACCUAAACACAACAUGUUUUUUACGUUGUUAUCGAUUCUUCAUACAUUUCGCGAGUGAAUAGCGCCGGAGAUAAUAUCGUGAGUUAGGUAGAAAAGGGGACAUUUAAAAAUGUAACUAGUUCAAAACAAGACAAAAACGUGCCAUAUAAUCCAAGAUUGUAAGCAUGUGUAAGAUUUGUCAUCUGUUUUAGAAUAAAGGUUUCAAAUUCUCGACGAAAGUAGUCCAAUGUCUUUCGUCAGGUACUGCAUAAAUAUGGAGAACGAGUAUAAAAUCGAUAUUAAAGUGUUUUAACUAAUCCCGUUUUUUCAAUAAAGUACAAAAUGCAUAAAAUUAUUUUGUCCUGAAUUUAAAAACAAUAAAGUUGCCAAUUUUUA